AUUCACCUUCAACAAGAUGAAUGGAUUCUCCACUGUGAAUGGGUUUGUGGAGAUAACCGAAUCCCUGGCAGAGAUGAUCAAGUAUGUGGCGAAUGAACCCUCGGUGGGCCUUUUCUAUGUCCAACAGCACACUCAAAAUGCAGUUCCGAAUGUACUUAAUCUCAAUAAUCACAUUGUCAAAAAGUCUCGUGAAGCAACUUUGCACACUGAGGACUUGGAAGAUUCUAUCACCAUGGUGAGGUCAAUGAAGGAAUGUGGCUUCCCCAUUGCUGAUGAGAUGAUUAAGGACAUUAGGAAUUCUAUAACACUAGUGUCAGCAAAACAACCAAAGAGAGGAUUGAUCCACAGUCAUGCUUCAAGCUUUCGGAUGAGAAGAACUAGCUCUUGGGGACCAAUGUCUUGGGGUCAUGGUUUUGGAAAUGUUCAACAGGAUGGAAGUAAUUAUUUUUCAACUGUAAUCAAGUCAGUGAAACAAAAGGCAAGCAAUUUGAAGUGGCCACAACUUGAGUCCAAGGAAGAAAUGCUAGUUGAGUCCCAGAAGCCACUUCCACAUCCUGUUCCACCAUUAGCGGUUGCAUCUGCCAGCUCUAGUUCAACUCCUGAUACAGAAGCUGAUGAACUACCCUUGUCUAGUCAAAUGGCAGAUGAACUCCAUGUAGAAGAAGAAAAGGUAAAAACCGAAGAUGAUGCCAAACUGUCGCAUCACAAUUUAUCAUUCAUGUCCGAAAACUAUGAUGAUUUCAAGGCUGAUAAAGAUGCUAAAUUAGAACAAUGGUUGGAGGGAACUAAAGGCAAAAUGGAUAAAAGCAAGGGAGAAAGUGACACAGGUGGGCUUUUAACUUGACAGCAUUUGGAUUGAAAAAGAAGCUUGCGAUGUUGUAAAUAUGUUAUUUGUUAUAAAAAUAUCUCCAAAGAAUGAUUAUAUACAUAUGAUUGACAGUGAGAUUCAUUCUUU